AUGCCUGAAUUACCCGAAGUCGAAACUGUUCGCCAAGUUUUAAUCAAGUCUGGAAUAAUUGGUGAAACUAUUCACGACAUAGAAAUUUAUAAGCCGAAAGACGAAACCAAGAAGCGAACCAGUUUGGUUAAAGAAAUGAGUGAGGAGGAAUUUAUUAAUUUAUUGAAAGGUAAAACUAUUCACGAAAUAGAUAGAAAAGAGGGAAAAUUGCUUACUCCGAAGCAAAAGGAGUUAUUCGAGAAGCAUAACAGUGAAGAAGCAAAAGUUUUAAGUUUUUGCUUAGGUAAUAAUCAAGGCCCGACAAAAUUAACCUACUGUGAUGCUCGCCGGUUCGGAAGUCUUCGUUUACAAAAAUUCGAGGAUUAUAAAAAGUCAGAGCCUUAUCAAAAUAUUGGUUUGGAUUUGCUGAACGACCAAAUUAACCCUGAAUAUUUAUUCAGUUGCUAUCAAAAAAGAAAAGUUUCAAUUAAAAUUGCUUUAUUAGAGCAAGAUACUAUUAGCGGAAUUGGUAAUAUUUAUGCUUCGGAAAUACUUUUUGCUACUCAAAUUCAUCCCUUAAAAAAAACUAAUGAACUUACUUAUGCGGAAGUAGAAAAAAUAAUCUCUGCCACUCAAUCUAUUUUGAAAGAAGCCUUACAAGCAAAAGGAACUUCGGCAUUUGAUUUUAUUAACCCCCUCGCUCAGGAAGGCAGUUAUCAACAUAAAUUAAAAGUCUAUGGAAGAAAUAAAAAACCUUGUCUCACUUGUGGAAACUUAAUUAAAAAAAUAGAGAAAGAAACUAAUAAUCGGAGUACUUUCUUUUGCCCGGAGUGCCAAAAAAUUUAG